UUCCCUCUCCCAGCCUGAAUCAAUGCACUCUGGCUCAGGCUCAGGUUCCGGCUCUGCAUCUCCCCCCAUCUCACAGACCAUCUUGCGUGCCCGGCUACGCACCAAAUCAGCCCAGUUCAAACAGUACUAUGCCAAAUACCGGCUUUUGCACGAGGAGAUGAUGGCCCGCUCACGAAACGGAAUGGACUAUGACAUUGAUAUCGAGCAGAUUCGCAAACUGGAGAGACAGCAUGCUCAUCUGCAGAAAAUGAAGCAGGAGAUCUGGGACGAGGAUCGGAGGUUACGCAUGUCAUCGUAGUUGACUCUUUUUUUUCUUUCCCUUCUAAAAACCCUUCCUUUUUCUUCACCAUUUUCCUAUCUCAUGUUCUACCAUAUUUCACUUUCAUUGCCAUUACCAUUCAGCAUGAUCUGCCUGCGUGUCUGUGUGCUUGUUCACUUUCCCUUCUGUUUUUUUUUCAUGUAUCGCCUAUCCGUCUAUUUGGGAAUAAAUUCAUCCAUCCAUCCAUCCAUCCGCUCAUCGUUGCUUUACUUUUUUUCCACGCAGCUAGUUUAGGAACCAGGAACAAAGACUAAACCCUACCAUCACACAACCACAUCACCAUGCACGACCCCAACUAAGUUACAUCUCAACUAAACUUCCGUUCGCUCGUUCGUUCCUCGCUUCGGCCCAUCGUACAGGCCAUACUUCGUCCCUAUACUUAGUUCAUCGUAUACCGUCCACGGUUCAACAGCCCAUCGUACAUCGUGCCACGCCGACGCAACCCUUUUCCCUUUCCCAUUUCCCCCCUUCCCUCCCUCCCCCUCUCGCUGUACCGCCCAGCGAGGCCCUCAAUUCGCAACUUAAUUCAGCGUGUGCCGAGCAGCGCCGAUGAAGCAUCACCUGUUCCCCUACCUACAUACUUGCCUAACCUACCCGCCCCUCCCGCUUUCUCAUCUACCACAUGCCUUCGCCUGUUCCACGCCUGAUAUCAUGGCUGUCCUGUCUGUCGCUGUCGCUGCUU